AUGAUGAAUAAGACAGACCUCAACACGAAUAGCCGUCUCGUUACAGCCACAUCCAUGGCGGAGAUCACUAUCCCUUGCACACAACUGAUUGCCGCUGCCGAUCCUCACACAAACUCCAAGCGUUCGGAGCUAGUGACGAAGUUGUGGAUUAGCAGGAGAAGUGUGAGAAGGCGGAAAAUGGAAAGACGAUUUUCAUGGGUCUUAGGGGGGCCGAGCAGAAGUUUGAAGAAAAGAAGGGCCCCUCAGGCUCCGGCAGACAACUAUGAUAAGCGUGACACAAUGUACACACUCACGCGUAGAAUUUGGAAACAAAUCACACAGUUAGCCAUUCAAAUUAUCAUAGAUCAUAUGCAUCGUUCGCCAAAUUUGCUGUGCCGCUUCCGUGGUGCAGUGAUUUAUGAUAUCUCCCUAUGCUUUCAUCCUGGUCCUUCACUUUCAUCACCCCAUAACGCGCCAGUGGCCCGUGCACAUUACAUUUACUCAGCUCAGCGCUGCGUUGCAAUAUAUAAGCGAGAGUGUUUCCCUAUCCUCCUCCUACUCUUCCCACGGACAUGUCUCUUUCAACGAGAGCAAUCUCCAACAAUGGGCUGCUCGCUGCUGGACACCAGCACUCCUUCUACACCUAUAGAUCCUCCCAUGACUAGCGCUACAUCUGCAGACAAGCCAUAUUCAAACAGAUUCGGAAUUGCGAUCAAGAAGAGAGCCUUUCACGUCUAUGGCCGACGGAAUUGUAACAAUGCAUCAAUUCAAUCCCAUGGCGGUACUGUGCUGUGCAAUGUCCUGCAUACCCUCCAUGCUCAAGGAAGCCUAGCUGUCUUGCCCUGGUUCGAAGAUCCCUGCUCCUCCUUAUCUAAAAUGGUCAACGGCAUGCGUUUAAUUAACGCCGACACCAUGCGGGCACCUCAGACGGUGUUUGCUAUGUGCUUUCUAGAGAGUAUAGAAGUACCACGGUAUCUCUGCUACGUAGUCUUCGCUUUUUCAGGCCCUGGAUGUUUUCCUUGGAACAGUGCAUGUAGAGCGGUCACAGAGCGGUCUUCCAGCUUCUUGAAGAGACCAAAAGUACCAGUGAGUACUCCCUCAACUUUUCGCAGCAUCUAUCCGAAAUUAGUAGUCACCUACGCCGUCAAAGAAGCAGCUCGGGAAAACCAUAAAACCGUUUGGUCUUGCGAGACAGUAGGGAGAGGAUGGAAGAUUAUGUGGGGCCAACGGCGAAUAUAG